UGUAUGUCUAAAUGAUGCUGUAGCUUUUUUUUGUGUGUGUGUGUGUAUUAUAUGUUUAUAAAAUCCUUCAAUAUAACUGGUUGUUGAAAUUCUUACUGUAGUUUCACAGUGGUGGUAAUGUAAAACUUAAGUCUGUUAAUAAUGUAACAUGAGUUUAAAUACUGGAUGAGAUCAGUGUAUCAGAAGACUACAUGAUGGUUACAUCAAUGAUACGCAACUUUUAAUUAAUUCAUGAUUAGUUUUCUCAUUCCAGAUCUGAAUAUAACACCGUUUGAAGAAGGCAGGGCCACAAGACGAUGUGUAGAAAAUCUUCUUGACCAGGAUAUAACUGAAAUUUUGGAUGUGGUCCUCAACGUUUUAGAGAAGAUUUCAGUGUCAUCAUCAGCUGACCAAAAUAAACUGGUGUCAGAUGGAAACCGUGUGUUAAAAGCCUGUGAGAAGCUUGUGUCCAUGCUGGUGAAGCCGACAAACACAACUGCCAAUGUCAGUUUCACUAUUGACACUAUGGAGGGACUAGUCUUCAUGGUUGGACCAAAUGCAACCUUAGAUAAGAUCCCUCGACUCGACACGACAAAUUCUUCUGUGGACAUUGAUCUCAUUGGGAUUACCAAGAACAACAGUAAAAGAUCAGCUGCUGUGACUUUCAUGAGCUUCAACACAAUGGAGAAUCUACUGAAGCCCGACUUCUUCAACACAUCAAAUGACACGAUUAAAACCAUGAUGUCCACUGUGAUCUCAGCUACUCUUCCCAAAACCACCAACACUAAACUCACCAAACCAGUCAACUUCACCCUCAAACACAUCAGAGAGUUCGACCCCAGCGGUUCUCUGUCCUGUGUGUACUGGAAUAUCAGCGAGUGGAUUGUAGAUGGUUGUUCUGUUUUAGAGACCAACAGCAGCUACACUGUGUGUUCCUGUGUCCAUCUGUCGACAUUCGCUCUCAUCAUGCAAACCAGCAGACCACCAGCGAGAGACUCACUGCUGGAGAUGUUGAAUUUGGUGUGUGUGAUCGUGGGGCUGGUGUUCUUCAGUUUGGCUCUGUUGACCUUUACCCUUUGUCAGUGGAGUCCUAGAGUGAAUAAUGUGGCUCGAAUCAACAUCUGCAUCAGUCUUCUGCUGGCUCACCUUCUGUUCCUGCUCACACAACAGUUCCUGAGACUCAUACGCCGUCAUCAGGUGUUGUGUGCCGUGAUAUCAGGUGUGCUGCACUUCCUCUUUCUCUCUGGAUUUGUGUGGAUGUUCAUUGAAGCUGUGCUGCUCUUCAUCUGUGUGAAGAACCUAUCACAGAUCAGCUUCAAAAAGAGGGAGGUGCUUAGCAGUGUAUUCCUGUGUGUGAUUGGAUAUACGGUUGCUCUGGUUGUGGUGGCCAUGUCUGUUGGGCUUCUUCCUGAAGGCUACGGCAGCGAACACUGCUGGAUUAAAAUGGAUAAAGGUUUUAUCUGGAGUUUUCUGGGUCCUGUUUGUGUCAUACUAGCGUUAAACACGAUUCUCUUCAUCAACAUCUUCAUCAGUCUGAACUCAACUCUCAAAAAUCUGAACGUUGAAGUUUCACAGAUGAAACAAACCAAGAUUAUGAUAUUUAAAACACUGGCUCAGUUUGUGGUUCUUGGUUGCUCCUGGAUUCUGGGUUUCUUCACUAAUGACAGUAAGGUGUUGGAGAUCCUCUUCCUGAUCUUGAACUCCCAGCAGGGAACCUUCAUCUUCCUGGUCUAUUGUGUCCUCAAUAAUGAGAUCAGGCAGCAGUACAGGAAAAUCAUUGGAAGUCUUUGCUCUGGACUCAAACAACACUGAGGACAACAGCAUCAUGAUGAGGAAAUAAAAAGUUCCUAUAUUUAAUCAAUGUUUUUGGAUGUUAAAUGUAAUAGUCUCCGCUUCUUUCUGCAAAUGCUAGAAAAAAAUGUGUUUUGCAAGUUUAGAAAUACUACAGCUGUCAAUACUAUUGAGGUAAAGCUCAACAUCUCUAUUUUAUUUAAUCUUUAAUUUUCUUGGUGGAGGGCAAAAAUAUGUUUACAGACUCCUCAAAAAAAAAAAAUCAAAUUUCAAUAGUUUUUGUUUAGUUAAUACAAAAGCUGAAUAUGGGAAAUGCUUUCAAAUAAAUAAAAAUGCCUAUGUGGUAAAUUGAAUUACUAAAUUACUUUACAUUUUAUAGGAUCAUAAGCCGCUUUACCUCCAUCGGGCCAAACUGUACUUAACCAUUCUAGUCUGUGUUGCUCCAGUUCAGCCGGCAUGGAUAUGGUUUUAUUUUCCACUGUGAGACUGAUAACGGAGCUGUUUGAAAUGUAAUACAAACACAUCAGUUGUUUCCUUCCCAGUUAACACGUGAGAUCAUGCAAUGAUCACAGUGACAUCAUACCAUUCUCAUUCUGUGAGCUCAUUGUGAAUUCAAAAUGUUGAGCAGGUUAAGAUAUCAGUCACCGGGGGUCAUUCUACUUCCUGUCUCUCAACAAUUGAAAAAUGUGGAUAAUGCAGGAUUUUUCAACAAUUUGUGCUCUACAGUUGUGUUCUGUGGUCAGUGUUGAAUUGUUCAACUAGAAUGUUGAAUUGUCAAUACAACUGAAAAAAAUUGAGAACAUUACA